GGCUGCAUUUCCAACACGGGCUUUCGGAUUUUAGACAGCACUAGAUUGCGUCUGUUCCUACAAGAAACACAAACCCCCAUAUUGUUUUAUUCGCAAGAACGAUCAUAUUAAACUGCAGAAAUAGCUGUAAAACCCAGCAGUUAUGGGGGGAAGCAGCAGCUCGCGCCACGUUGCCUUUGACCCGGACAAUGAGGAGGGGGUUUCAUUCGUGAAGGGCAUUCGGCUCUCAGAACGCGUGAUUGAUCGUAUGAGGGAGUCUCCUAGUGUGGUGCGCCUUCAAACUUCAACCAAACUCUCACCCAGCACCCCUCCUGUAGCCCCUCAUGUUGAGCAUUCACCCCCUGGUGAGCAUCACGUACCUGUAAUGCCUCAUCCACCAUCAUACGCCAGUGCUUUGGUACCUCCACCUCUCUCAGAGCCGAUAACACCAUUAGUACCCCUUAUUCCUGUGACUGAAGAAUCACCUGCACCACCUCCAACUGUACAGUCUGCCCCAUUACCUGCUCAACCCGUGGGUCUUUUGACUCCUCAGCUAGGUGAUGAGAAUACAGUUUUAUUUUCACCUGCUCAGCCUGCAUCUGUAACCCCACCCCAACCUGUUGAUUCACCUGCUGAACUCAUAAAUGUACCUUCGCAAGCAUCUAGUGAAACAAUAAUUGAUCCUCUAAUUGUGGAACAAACCAGUACACCUGUUGAAACCAUAACUUAUACUACUGUGCCUGAAGCCCACCCUCCACCUACUCUUGUUGAAGCAAUAACCUCGAAACCUGUUAUAACACCUGUAGAACGCCUGGAUGUGCCUGCAGAACCCAUUACCAUGCCUGUCAAACCUGUUGUCCUCCCUACUGAAUCUGCAGAUAUACCUGUUAAGCUUGUAACCCCACCUAUUGAAUCUGUAUGUGCAGUUGUUGAAUCUGUUGUGUCACCUGUUGAAUCUGCAGCCUCGCCCGUUGAAUCUGUAGUCUUACCUGUUGAAUCCGUAGUCUUACCUGUUGAAUCUGUAGCCCCUGUUGAAUCAGUAGCUUCACUCAUUGAAUCUGUAGCCUCGCCCGUUGAAUCUGUAGUCUUACCUGUUGAAUCUGUAGUCUUACCUGUUGAAUCUGUAGCCUUACCUGUUGAAUCUGUAGCCUCGCCCGUUGAAUCUGUAGCCUCGCCCGUUGAAUCUGUAGCCUCGCCCGUUGAAUCUGUAGCCUCGCCCGUUGAAUCUGUAGCGUCACCUGCUGAAUCUGUAGCGUCACCUGCUGAAUCUGUAGCGUCACCUGUUGAAUCUGUAGCAUCACCUGUUGAAUCUGUAGCAUCACCCAUUGAAUCUGUAGCCUCUGUUGAAUCCGUAGUCUUCCCCGUUGAAUCUAUAGCCUCACCUACUGAAUCUAUUGUUCUAUCUGAACCGAUCGCCACACAUGUUGAAGCUGUGGAUGUACCCACACCAUCCACUCAGCCCAUUGAGCCUAUAGACAUACCUGAAUUCUCCACUUCACCUGUGAUGCUGCUGCCCAUACAAUCACCUCCACCUGAGAAUCCUGUAAGUGUACCUGAAUUAAUGUCUGUCGGGUCUGUGGCCUCACCCUCCUCAGUCUCUAUACCUGUCACUCUUCCAUCUCUUGUGGAGGAGUCAACGGUUCCACCCUCUCCAUCCACCUCAGCUGUGGAAUUGUCCAGUAAAACACCUUCCAUGGUGGAAAUGGAUCCAUCUUCCAUUGAGGAACCCCCAGCUCCUCAUCUUCCUUUAGUUGAGGAGCCUGUUAUACCUCCUUUUCUUAACCCAGUGGGGUCUCUUUCCCCACCACCACAAACACAGACCAAAGUGAAUGAGGAAGAGCUCAGGACACAGAUCAAAGAAGAACUGCAGAAGCUCCUGAAAGUGGAGAUAAAGAUGACUGAGCUCCAGAUUCAGCAACAGUUGGAGGAAGAGAAAGUUAAAGCUAAGGCCCAAGCUGAAGCCGCAGCCCGACUCCAGAUUCAGAAAGAGGUACAGAAGGUUCUGGAAGAAGAGAAGGUGUCCUAUCAACAUACUCUAGCAGAUGCCAUCAGGAGAGAGCAGCUGAACAUUCAGGAUGAUCAUCUCAUAGCGCAGUAUUAUUGGAUGGAUAGAAAGGCGCAGAAGCUGGAAGAGAAGCAGAAAGAUCUGGAAAAGCAGGACGGUCUGUUCCGGGACCAGGUUGCCAAACUGCAAGAAAAGGCUGCACAGUUUACUAAAGUCACAUCUGAAAAUUACAAGAAAGGCUUCGAGGACACACACAACCGCUUCAGGAGAUACCAGAUAAAGCCAGUGUGUUCGGAUCUACAGAGUCAGAUAUUGAAGUGUUAUGCAGAAAAUAAAGGCCAAACUCUGACCUGCUCUAACAUCGCCUCUCUGUACAUUCAGUGUGUGGACCGUGCCAAACAGGAUACAAAGUUGAGCACAGGAGGUUAACUCACCGGCAUAUACGUCUGAUCUACAACCUCUCCGCGAAAAACAAAGUGGAUCAUUUUACAGAUGCUUUGGAUAUGUAUAAUAAUAAUUUAGCAACAGAGGCACAUUUAAUUUGGAUGAGUUUCCACUUAUAUAUAUAUAUAUAUAUAUAUAUAUAGGAGACCUUAAAUAUAUGUAUUUAACUCUUUAAAUUGUUCGGUGAAUGGUUGAAAUGAUAAA